CCCAUCCCGAAGCCUGCCAGGACCGGAGGCGCAACGCAAAACCUUCUCGAGCCAUGGGCGGCGCCUCCAAGCUGCUCUCCUCCAUCCUCCUCACAUCCUCCCCGCUCCGCCUCCGCCCCUCCGCCGCCGCCGCCGCGCUCUUCCUCUCCCCGCCCACCGCGGCCUCCCGCCGCCUGCUCCUGCUCUCCUCCCCCUCCCCACUUCGCACCCUCUCCACCUCAUCAUCCGCCGCUGCCGCCUCCUCCCUUCCGCACGGCUCCAGCUACGCCUCCCCGGCGCCACCGCCCCGAGCUCCUUUCCCCGAGUGGUCCCGCUUCGUUGACCGCCUCGCCGCCGCCGGGUACGCCUCCCGCGCGCUCUGCCCCUCCGACGAGCUCGCCCUCGCCUCCGGAUGCGGCCUGUCGGACGGGGCGGAGGCCGCUGUCUUCUCCUGCCUCGCCUUCGCGCGCGACCGGCCCGACCUCCUCAGGUCGCUUCCGAGGAAGGAUGUGGAGGUCUUGGUGGCCAACGCGGCGCCGGCUCUGUUCAAAGACGGGGAGGCAUCAGCGCAGCGCCUGCUGCGGUACCUUGCCGGGGAAGAAAGCGAUGAUAUUGUUUCAGAGAGAGCUGAAACUGUUGAUAUUGUUCGAUAUAUGUUAAGUUACAUAUACAGUUCUUCAGACAGCAAUUCAGAAGAUAAGGAACUUACUGAUUCAGCUGUGAGAAAUAUCUUGGCUGAGUUAGUAAGUUUUAGUGGCCUUUCCCAAUCUUCCAGUUUUGUGGAAUCAACACCCAGGCAAACUUCCUCGAGUCAACAUGAGCGAAUUUCUAGGCCUCCAGGACAAACUAUUGAAAUGAAGCGAGGUGACUGGAUUUGCACAAGAUGUAGCUUCAUGAACUUCGCAAGAAAUGUGAGGUGCCUUGAGUGCAAUGAGCAUCGGCCAAAGAAGAUGUUGACUGGUGGAGAGUGGGAGUGCCCUCAGUGUGAAUUCUAUAAUUAUGGAAGGAACAUGGAAUGCUUACGAUGUACUUGCAAAAGACCAGCAACAAUCCCACCAAAUCCUGCAUCUGCUGGUGCUGGUUUAGGUGGUGUGGCACGGCUUCUCAAUGUAACCGACGUUGGCAAAUCUGAAAUUGAGAGAAAACUUGCCGAAAAUGAUGAGAAGGCAGAAAGAUGGUUGAGCAAAGUAUCUCAACUUGACGAUUCUGCUGAUUUAAGUAGUCUAGCUGAAGAUGAGGACUUCCCUGAGAUUAUGCCUAUGCGCAAGGGGGUGAAUAAAUUUGUGGUUAGCACACGCAAGACAUCUCUGGAGAGAAGAUUGGCAAAUGCACAGUACAUCAGUAACAAUAGCCCUCAAGCUGCAUCAUCUGACUCAAAGAUCAGCCAAACUUUGGACAGGAUACUUGGGCGUUCGACAUCUACUGCAGCCCCAAACAAUCAAUCUGGUGCUGAAGCUGCAAAAACGGAGGCUCCAAAGAAAUCAAUGGACCAUCGUGGUGGCACUGAUCCUGUUCCAUUUGUGCCACUGUCUGCAGAUAUAUUUUCUAAGCCACAUAGUAGUAAUGGACAGACAAAUGAGAAUGGCCAAAUACAAACAGAAGCUAACAGUUCCACAACGAAUAGCCCAAUGCCCCUACCUAAGAGGCGAGAUGGCAAUGAAUUAUUAGAUACUGCAGAGAAAUGGUCCAACAAAGUAUCUGACCUUGGCAAUGUAAAGGACCUCCCAAGUGCGAUUUCUGACGAAAACUUUCCUGAGAUUAUGCCAAUGAGGAAAGGUGAAAAUCGAUUUGUUAUUAGUAAGAAGAAAGACCGUUCACUGACUUCACCGCAAUACAAAAGGCGCAGUGUGGUUGAGCAGGCAGAUGAUUCCAAUCUUGUCCCAUUUGUUCCAUUUCCUCCUGGUUACUUUGCCAAGAAAGAUAAGCCGACGGAGAGUACUCCAGAUGCAGGAAUUGUGUCAGAAGGGUCUCCAGGAGCUGAAAAGCAUCCGGAAACAAAUGCUUCAUCAGGAAAACCAGGAAAUAGCUCAAACACCUCACAGAUGGUGGGUAGUCAGCCAAAAUGCAACAUGGAAAAUGAGAACUGGAACAGAAAUUACUCUCAGCAAAACUCUAGUUCGGGUGGUUAUGCUUAUGAUGAUAGGAACAGCUGUCAGCAUCAACCACAAUCUCAUGAGGUGCCCUCUCGCUCUAGCAGUACUUCAAAUACAGGCACAUGGAACACAGACUACUCUCAAGGGACCUUAAAUGAGAGCAGAGGUGGAUCUACUUACAAUGUAACUAACUAUUCUCGCCAGCCACCUUAUACAUCGGGUCAUAACAACAGUGAUAAUUCUUGGAGCAGUGGCAACAGUAACAGCAAGAAUGCUUGGAGCAGCAACAGCAAUCAUAACAACAAUAAUGCUUGGAACAGUAACAAUACCUACAAUAACAACAGUACCUUGAAGGGCAAUAGCCGCUAUAACAACAAUACUUGGAGCAACGAUAGCAACAAUAACAAUGAUGCAUGGAGCAGCUACAGCAGCAAUAAUCAGAGUGGCUCAUUUGCUGAUAACAGCAGUGCCUCUAGUAGCAGCGGUACCAUGAACUCUGAUCAGACAGUUCGCAACUCAAGUUUUGGAGGAAGCUCAAAUAGAGGUUAUACUGGAAAGGGUUUAGAAGGAUCUGCUGUGAAGGAUCCUGAUCCUCUGGACAUGUCUGAGGAAGCUAAAGCUGAGAGAUGGUUUAGGAGGGCAGCCCAGAUAAAGGACAUCUCUGAGCUUGCCAACAUUCCAGACGAGGAUUUUCCUGAGAUAAUGCCGAUGAGGAAGGGGGUGAACAGAUUUGUCGUCAGCAAGAGGAAGACGCCACUGGAGAGGAGAUUAACAUCUCCGCAGUACAGAAGGAACCUGCCAAUUAUAAGUUCUGAACCGGAGAAAGAUGCAAGCUGAAAACAGAGGCAUGACUGCGAUCAAAGCACAAUCAUCGCUGCUGUUCAACUAUGCGGUUCUAGGCAAGGGCAUUCUUGAAUCCAGAUUGUGACAAUAACCUAGCACCCGGAAUUUUCACAUCGUCAGAAAUAACAUGCCACGACAGUUUUCUGCGUGGUAAAAUUUUGUUCUCAACGAUCAGGGGUUUGCUGGAUUUCACUUGUUACGUGUACCAGUGUACGAAUGUGUUGUAACCUAAAACCUUCAAUACUGAAGGCGUUCAUUACAUAAUCAAAGUUUGGGCUUGUCUGAGUUUUCAUA